UCAGAAAUAAGCUCUAAUUAAUUUAUGCAUUUUUUUAAAUGCAUUUAGUUAGUUUUCAUUUGGGAGGGAGAAGUGACCAAGGCACGUUUUCACGAGAUUUGCCCCAUUACAGUAUUACUCCACACUGUUAAGGUUGUACAGUAUUUAACCCCAGUCAGCCUGGGCUCUGAGGGUAAGAGGGUUACAGGGAGCCUGGGUGUCACGGGGCAUUUAAAACGCCCAUAGUUCACGACACCCUGUUGGGGACAAAAGGCAAAUUCAGCGUUUCCUACAGCAGGGUUCCUCUCCGCCUACCGAAACUGCAGCACAUUCCAGCAUCUUCCUACACAGUGACUCUGAGUGGCCCCCGAGGGCCCCGGGCUGAACGCAUGUGACCUGUCAGGAUAUCUCAGUGCCAUUAACCACAGUUAUCCUACUGUAUUUAAACAGUUAGUCGAGAUGAUUUCCUUCAGGGUGGCAACACCAGUGGGACCCUUUCGCCAUCAUCAUCAUCAUCACAUGCGAUGCUCAUCAGAUCUGUGCCCAGACAGCGGAGGACGUGUGUGUGCUGUGAUGCAGGCGUGAGUCUCUCUGGACUUCGGCGUGAAGCAGCAUGAGCGUGUGUGUGUUCUGCAUCAGUGUGUCAUUGACUCCGGCUCUGCAAGGAUCUUCUCACAGCAUUGCGGUGAGUGGAGAACUUGUGUGGGAUAGUCUCACCUUUACACUGCAGUCUCGCCUGUCACCAUCGCUUUGAUGAUCGCUGUUAUUCGAUCAUUUCAACCAUCCUGCCAUAUAAAGCGGUUAUUUUUCGACAGUAUAUAUCCUUAUUAACAAACACCGGGGAUGUUUCCAUUUUAAACCGGAGAUCUUCACCUCUUCAGAAGUCAUGGGACUCGGUCAGUCCAGCAGGACAUCGGUCAGUGAUGACCCAGAGGAGGUCAACUUUGACCACUUUCAGAUCUUGAGAGCCAUUGGUAAAGGCAGUUUUGGGAAAGUAUGCAUUGUCCAGAAAAAGGACACAAAGAAAAUGUACGCCAUGAAGUAUAUGAACAAACUCAAGUGUGUGGAGCGCAAUGAAGUGCGCAAUGUCUUCAAAGAGCUCCAGAUCAUGCAGAACCUGGAGCACCCAUUCCUGGUCAAUUUCUGGUACUCGUUUCAAGAUGAGGAGGACAUGUUCAUGGUAGUUGACCUGCUGCUGGGAGGAGAUCUGCGUUAUCAUUUACAGCAGAACGUGCACUUUACAGAGAGCACAGUCAAGCACUACGUUUGUGAAAUCGCCCUCGCUCUGCACUAUCUGCGCAACAAACGGAUCAUCCACAGAGACGUUAAGCCAGACAACAUUUUGCUGGACGAGCACGGUCACGCUCACCUGACAGAUUUUAACAUCGCUGCUAUUGUGAAGGAGGACUUAAAAGCCACAUCUAUUGCAGGGACAAAACCAUACAUGGCCCCAGAACUAUUCCAGUCAUUCGAGGGAACACACCCGGGUUACUCUUUCGCAGUGGACUGGUGGUCUUUAGGGAUCACUGCAUAUGAGCUUCUCCGUGGACAGAGGCCGUACAUCAUGCGCGCCAACACACCAGCCAAUGAGAUCCUGCAGACUUUCCACAAAGCACACCCUUGUUACCCCGCCGCCUGGUCUACAGGGAUCAAAUCACUCUUAGGAAAGCUGUUGUGUGUAGACGCUCAGAAGAGGAUUUCCAGUCUCUCGGAGCUCCAGGACCUGGAGUACCUCUCUGAUGUCAACUGGGAUGCUGUGCUUAACAAACAAAUCCCACCUGGCUUCCUCCCUAAUAGACGGCGACUAAACUGCGACCCCACAUUUGAGCUGGAGGAGAUGAUCCUGGAAUCCAAACCACUGCACAAGAAGAAGAAGAGGCUGGCGAGGAAGACGAGGGAGAGCGGCUCUGAUGGAUCUCCUCAGAACGGGCAACUCCAGCAGCGCUUAGAGACUGUCCAGAGAGAUUUCAUCGUCUUCAACAGGGAGAAUUUACUGCAAUAACCUUGCCUUAAGGUAACAACUGCAGAUUUGAACACUGUCAGACUUUAGCGUGACUAGAUUUGUUGUCCUUUCUCUGUUUUGGAGGUUGAGGAAAACCAAAACAGACACUGAGACAAACAAUCUCGAUGCAGAAGAGACAAACAAAGCCAUUCAAGAUGGACAGAACAACAACGUACAGCAGUGUUUAUCAGGCUAACAUCUGGACCGGCCACGGCGUUCCUCCUUCUCUCGAAGCUGACGGCGGACAGCCCCUGGACCCCAGCAAAUGCAUGAGAAAAUCCACGGCGGGAGACGGGAAGCUCACGGAUUCUGGAUGGAAGCAUCGACCUGGUGUGACCCUCGUGCUCUGCAUUAGCCGGGCUGCCUACACAAUCACACAUAUAAAGAAAGAACUGAACGAUGAUGCUCUCUGCACCUGGCUGUGAAAUGUGUGCCUUACUAGUUUAAUGGAUUUCUCUAAUGCGUCUGGAGGCACGUGAAGAUUUACCGCUGUUCUGACUCAGCGAGUGAUCAGACUCCAGCCGUUCACCAUGAUUUAUAAAGCUGCGCUUCUUAACAUACAAAUGCAGAGAACAGAAUGCGAAGGUACUCAUUUCACCUCAUUACGCCUCUGUGAUUCAUUCAAAUGAUGUAACUGUGAACCUUACGGAGCUGCAGAAAACGGUCAUUCAUGCCUCUGAGAGCAUUAUUUGGCCUUUCUGGUUCUUUAGUGUUCUUGGAGAUUUAUUGCUGGAUCACAUUGUGCUGCUGAAUAAGAUAUUGACCACACUGUACAGAUCAAAUAAAAAUAAAAUCAUUUAAUAGCAUCAUCUGACAAGUCUAAGGUUUGCACAGCCUAGGAAUAUUCGCACAAUGUCUGGCUCAUAUAUUUAAAAAAAGUUUAUUUUAUCAGCAUGAUGUUGUUUAUUUAUUUUAUUUAUUUUCACAUGUGAAAAUUUUACCUGUAUUUUAAAGUGCAUUGUGUUUUAGAGUUAAAGAAAAAUGCUCAUAAACGUUAAUGUUAAUAAUGUUUUGGCAGAAAUUUACCAGUACCUUUUCCGAACCUUUGUCUUACAGCACAGCUCUUUUUUUUUUUUUUAAGUUUGGCAAAAAAAAAAAAUUAAAUAAAUAAAUACAACAAUGAAUCAAUAUCGCCAUCUAGUGGUCAGGUGAAUAUUAACUAUUACAGACAAUCUACCCAUAAUGCUGUUGAACAACAACAAACAUGAGAAACAUGAAAAAUGUCAAGUUUAAGCCAUAUACAUAUAAAGUCACCUGCUUUAUAUAUUUAUUAUAACUGUUAUGGAAUAUACAGCUAAUUGGACUUGAUAGGACUUAAACAGAACCAUUAGCAGUUUUUUUUUCCCCACAACUAUGAAUUAUUAUACAAAUGCAAAAUGUGACUUUAUUUUGGGGGGAAUGAGAGCUGCAUGAAAACCCCCUUAUGCAGUCGCUUUUCAGUGAGAAUAACAUCAAGAGAAAUUUCCCUUUUCCCUCAUUCUGUGAGGAUCUGUCUGAUCCUGACUCUGUAGUCCGGAAAACUGCUCAGCGUACGAGGAUACGCUAACGAAGACAUGUAAUGAACAUUUCAGACGCACAAGAUAUGUUU